CACUCUCUACCCUCUUCCCUAUAUCUUUCUCUCACUAAAAAACACAAACACCCUCUUCCCCUUUCAACCCUCCUUUCAUCAAACAAAACAACAAAUCUGUGACCAACUUCCUUCCUCCUCUCUUUUAGGGUUUCUCUCUCUCUCUCUCUCUCUCUUUCUCUCUCCCACUAUUUUUCUCAAAUUAAAAAAAAAAUUAAAAAAAAAAUUAAAAAAAUAAACAAAAUAGAGAGCACAGACAACAUCUCCAUCCCAAACCAAAAACACUCAUCAGAUCCCCACCUCUUUGCUCUCUCCACCCAGAUGAUGGAUCUGAAACCAUGCCAACACCCAUCACCACUUUCUUGAUCCCACUACUUCUUCUUCUUCCUCCAAAUCUCAAGUUCAAUCUACCUCAAUCAGUGCAUCAUCUCCUCAAAUGACUCCAUGUUUCCUCAAACAUCCUCUCAAUUUCCUCCCUCACCACCUCCACCAUCCACUUCUUCCAAUAACAACAACAACAACAACAACAACAAAAUUAGCCCUGCUGUUCUGUUCAUCAUUGUUAUUUUGGCAGUCAUCUUCUUCAUAUCUGGCCUCUUGCAUCUCCUUGUUCGGUUUCUCAUGAAGAAGAACCCUUCAGGGAGGUCAAACAAUGGUGGAUACCCGCCUCCGCCGGCGCCACCGGACACUGCCUCUGAUGCACUUCAAAGACAACUGCAGCAGCUCUUCCAUUUGCAUGACUCUGGCCUUGACCAAGCCUUCAUUGAUGCACUCCCUGUUUUCCUUUACAGGGAGGUUGUAGGCCCAAAAGAGCCUUUUGAUUGUGCUGUUUGUCUUUGUGAGUUCGCCGGAGAUGACCAUCUCCGGCUGCUCCCACUUUGUGGCCAUGCUUUCCAUCUCAAUUGCAUUGAUACUUGGCUUUUGUCCAACUCCACUUGUCCUCUCUGCCGCGGGGCUUUGUUUGUCCAAGGAUUGGCUUUCGAGAACCCGGUUUUUGACUUUGAGGAUCAGAGAGAGGAAGAGGAGGAGAAGGAGAUUGCCGGGGAGUCGACGAGAGUGUUUCCAGUCAGGUUGGGCAAGUUCCGGAGGCUGAGCAAUGCAGGUGAGGUUGCUUUGGAUGUUAUUAGUACUGAGGUUGAUGAACAUGAACAUGCUCAUGCUAAUGUUAGAAGAAGAGAGGUUGGUGAAAGUAGUAGUAGUAAUUUGGAUGCUAGAAGGUGCUAUUCAUUGGGUUCUUAUCAGUAUGUUGUUGGGAAUGCCAAUCUCCGGGUUUCAUUGCCCGGACUGAAGAUUGUUAGGGAGAAGAAGCUUAGUGGGAGUUCCAAUAGUGAUGGUGCCGAAGACGGGGGUGGUAAGAAGAUUGGUGCCACAAGUAGAGGUGAUAGUUUUUCGACAUCGAAGAUUUGGAUGUGGCCUAAUAAGAAGGGGAAGCUACCUCCUUCUAAUGUCGAUCAGAGCUUGCCAUGGAUGGCCAGAAAGUUUAAUGGGGGAUGAUACAUGAGAUUGGUUUUUGUAAUUUGAUCGGAAAACAAAAUUGUGUUUUUCUGUUUCUUGGUUGUGUUCUGGUGGUGGUUACUCAAUAGAAUCAAUCAAAUUCUUGCAGAAUUGCUAUCUGUCUCCGAGUUGAAUUUUUGUGUUCUUGCCUGAUGUGGAUGAAUUGCUGAAAUUCUUGCUUAUUUUGGUCAUGUUCUGAUACUGUUCCAUUGCGUUUGUGGAAAUGCUUAUUCGGUUAAGGAAGAUUAGUAGAAAUUGUCGUCAGAACUAUAACAAAAUCCAAAUUUACAGCAGAUAUGACAAGUUUGAGACUGGAUUUGCUGUGUGCCUUCAUUGGCAAGGAAUGUCGAGAAAAUAUCACAAGUUACAGAUUGUCGAUCAUUGUCAUCCUUUAUUUUAAUACAAAAGGAAACAAGGCAACAACAGCAACAACAGCAACAACAGCAAUAGAAACAAAAACUAUUCAAUUGAAAUGAGACAAACUAUUUGGCAAUACUCCAGGGGUACAUUCACUUCGACAACACUAAUUAACAGGUGAUUGGUUUUCAUUUUUCUUUUA